AAAGAUAUCAUUUUGAUUUUGAAUUUGGCAGAGAAACAGAAAAAUAAAAAAUAUAUUGAAAAUGCAAAACAUUGUAGUAGUGAUUGUUGUAGCUCUAAUUUGCACAGUUUUGUGUCAACCUUUGGAUUUAGAAAUAAAUGAAGAUGGCUCUAAGGAGGUUCAUCAUCACCUGAGCAAGAGGUUCAUCAAUCCAAUGUUCGCGCUGGGAGGAGGGGGAGACAGCGGAGUCAGCAAAAUGAGGACCAAGCGACAAGCCGAAGAGUGUGAGAAACUGUCGCUAUGUAAACUUCACGCUAGAUCACAACACAGCUUCUUUGCCGCUUUCCAGCUCUACUUCGUCAACAAAGAGAAUGCCAGACUAUGGGACCACCAAGCGAGAUCGGCUGCCGACUGCGAAGCACGCUACGGUUGUUACGAAUAAUUAUACGAAAUUAUUGUUAGAUUACUGCUAUUGGUAGAAGCUUUAAUUGUUUUAUAAUGUUGUAACGUUUCAUGUUAUAAAUUAAUUUAUAUUUAUCAGAAGAAAUUUAUGUCUUGAAACAACAUUUAUAAAUGCAAAAAUACUAAGAACAAUGUGUAUUGCCAGUGCAAAAAAAAUUGCAAUGUUAUUUUCAUGCAUAGAAAAAGUAAAAGAAAUAUAUUAAUUUGGAAAGAUACAGUCAAAAAUAAUAAUGCGCUUAUAAACAAACAAUCCAUUUUAUUUUCCCAGUACAUCACAUAAAUGCAUUUGAAAGUUUAAAACAAUGCACAACAAAAUAUAAAUAAAUUCACUCACUUGUAGCUUAACGAAGAUAACUUAUUUUAUUAUAUUAAUUAAUGAUAUCAAUUGGAAUACGUCACUCAUCAGGAAAUGUUU